CAGAGGAGAGAGGUUAGCGGAGGAGAGGUUAGCAGAGGAGCAGCCUUUAGUUGUGCGCGCUAUUAGCCAACAGACACGUGUUACCGGCACAUUUAGCUGCGCGCCUUCUCACCCGUCCAUUACAUCCAGAUGCAGAUAAUCUGCCCCGCUCUGCAACAUGCGAUCGCAUUCCGCCCCCAGGCGUGACAAAUCGCUAUUUAGGAUAGAAGGACCGAUCUUGCACCCAGACGACAUGAUCGUCAAUGCUUAGUUCAUGUUCCGAGACCUUGGCGCACAGAGAGAGAGUCAUCACCCCAACAGGAAUGGAGCCGGAACUAGGAGAGGAAGAUGUUGGUUCCAAAGCCUGGGAGCCUGGGAUGCUUGCUAGACAAUCUGGUGUCAGCAUGGAUGAUGAUCUAAACAGAUCUCAGAGUCGUUUGGGCUUCCUAGAUAUGGACAAGGAGGCAAAGCAAGACCUGAUAGACGACAAAGAGUUUGACAUUCCCCAGGUGGACACCCCCCCUACUCUUGAGAGCAUCUUGAAUGAGACAGAUGAUGAGGAGGAGUCUUUCAUUCCUGAGGAUCCUGCUCUUCUCAAUGUAGAGGCAAUAGAUGUCCAUUCCUGUGACACCUCGUCCUUAGCAAGCUCAGACAGUGGUGAUCGGGUACACAAGAGAAAAAAGAAACUUCCUGAUGCCUUUUCUCGCCAUGGGUCUGUCAUGCACCAUUCACUGCUCAAAGGGAUCUCUGCUCAAAUUGUUUCUGCAGCUGAUAAAGUGGAUGCUGGUUUGCCUACUGCUAUAGCAGUGUCUAAUCUAAUUGCAGUUGGUACUUCCCAUGGCCUGGCCUUAAUAUUUGGCAAAGACACCAAUCAGGCCAUGAGGCUCUGCCUGGGGAGCACAGCAGUAGGGGCACAAUAUGGAGCUGUCUCUGCUCUCAGUAUCAACAGUGACUGCUCCAGAUUACUCUGUGGCUUUGCCAAAGGACAGAUUACCAUGUGGGACCUGGCUGGUGGUAAACUUUUAAGAACCAUAACAGAUGCCCACCCUCCUGGAACUGCAAUUUUACAUAUCAAGUUCACAGAUGACCCAACUCUUGCAGUCUGCAAUGAUAGUGGAGGAUCCGUAUUCGAGUUAACUUUUAAGAGAGUAAUGGGAGUGCGAACCUGUGAGUCCCGUUGCCUUUUCAGUGGAUCCAAGGGAGAAGUUUGCUGUAUUGAACCUCUGCAUACCAAAGCUGAGCUACGCGAUCACCCAAUAACCCACUACUCAUUGCUGGCCAUGGCAUCUCUAACCAAGAUUCUUGUCAUUGGCUUGAAACCCUCUCUGAAAGUCUGGAUGACCUUUCCCUAUGGACGGAUGGAUCCUUCCAGCGUCCCACUGCUGGCCUGGCACUUUGUUAUCUUGCAGGGAGCCCUAAACCCCAUGCUUGCAUUUUGCAGGGGGGAUGUUGUACAUUUCCUCUUAGUAAAAAGGGAUGAUUCUGGAGCUAUUCAUAUCAAUAAACAGAAACAACUGCAUUUGCACUAUGACCUUAUCAACUUCACUUGGAUCAAUGCUCGCACGGUGGCUCUUCUCGACAGCGCAGAAAAGCUACACGUAAUCGAUCGUCAGACACAGGAAGAACUUGAGACCCUGGAGAUAUCAGAUGUGCAACUUGUAUACAACAGCAGCCACUUUAAGUCUCUGGCCACUGGAGGAAAUGUGAGCCAGGCCCUGGCCUUUGUGGGAGAGAAAGCAUGCUAUGAAUCAAUUAGCAGCUAUGGAGGACAGAUCUUCUACCUGGGAACAAAGUCAGUCCAUGCCAUGACGCUGAGAAACUGGCGAGAGAGAGUUGACCAUUUACUGAAGCAGGACUGUUAUAAUGAAGCUUUGGCAUUAGCAUGGUCUUUUCAUGAGGGCAAAGCUAAAGCUGUUGUGGGGCUGUCUGGAGACCCAAAGAAGAGGAAGAGUGUUGUAGCUGAUAAGAUUGUUGAAAUCUUACUCCAGUAUACUGAAAAAGCACUAAGAAAAUGUCCAGAGCAAGGAAAAAUCCAGGUGAUGGAACAGCAUUUCCAGGACACUGUGCCAUUAAUGGUGGAUUAUUGCCUUCUAUUACAGCGCACGGAUAUCCUUUUUAGCCAGAUGUAUGACAAGUUAAGUGAGAACUGUGUGGCCAAAGGUGUUUUCUUGGAGUGCUUAGAACCAUACCUGUUACGGGACCAGCUGCCAGGGCUGACUGCACAUGUCAUGAAGGAUCUGCUCCUCCAUUUCCAGGACCAAGGGCAGAUGGAAAGUGUUGAGGCUUGUAUUGUGCACAUGGACAUCACCAGCCUGGACAUACAAAAUAUUGUCCACAUGUGCUGGGAACAUAGACUUUAUGAUGCAGUGAUCUAUGUGUACAACAAAGGAACAAAUGAUUUUAUUAGUCCAAUGGAGAAACUAUUUAAUGCCAUCUCUGCACCUAUCAACUCUGGGAAGUCACUAACUGAUGAGCAAGUUGUGAUGGGAAACAAGCUGCUGGUUUACAUCAGUUCCAGUUUGGCUGGAAGAGCAUAUCCUUUGGGGGAUAUUCCAGAAGACCUUGUGCCUUUGGUGAAAAAUCAGGUUUUUGAGUUCCUGAUCCGUUUGCACUCUCCAGAGACCCCACAAGAAGAGGAGGUGUAUCCAUAUAUACGUACCCUGCUGCAUUUUGAUACACGGGAGUUCCUCAAUGUACUAGCCUUGACAUUUGAAGACUUUACAAAUGAUAAGCAAGCAGUGGAACAUCAGCAACGUAUUGUGGAUAUUCUUCUGAAGGUCAUGGUGGAAAACUCUGACUUUACUCCAUCCCAAGUCGGCUGCCUCUUUACUUUCCUAGCCCGACAGCUUGCCAAGCCAGAUAAUACACUUUUUGUGAACCGAAUGUUGUUUGACCAGGUUUUAGAAUUCCUGUGUAGUCCAGAUGAUGAUUCCCGACAUUCUGAACGACAGCAGGUUCUCCUUGAACUUCUUCAUGCUGGAGGAGUUGUGCAAUUUGAAGAGAACAGACUGAUCCAGCUAGCAGAAAGAGCACAAUUCUAUCAGAUCUGUGAGUUUAUGUAUGAGCGGAAACACCAGUAUGAUAAAAUCAUAGACUGCUACAUGCAAGACCCCAUACGGAAGCAAGAUGUAUUCAACUACAUUCAUAACAUCUUAUCAAUCCCUGGUUAUAGUGCUGAGGAGAAGGAAGCCACAUGGGACAAAACCAUGCAGCACAUGGAGGAACUAAUAUUGUUAUGCCCUAGUAAAGCAGCUGACCUUGUAUGUACACACUUUAGCAGCCAUUUGGAAGAUGUCAUUGGAAAGCUCAAGGAUCCGUUAUUGGUUUUACAGUUCCUUAGAAGUCUCCUUGAUCCAAGGGAUGGAGCCCAUGUGACUCCUGAAGUAUUACAAACUCUUCCACACAUCACAGAGCUUUUCAUAGAUUUGAUGUAUCAAAAUGAUCCAGAACAGGUGGCUCCACUGCUGCAGAUCCUGGAACACUAUAGACUUGAGGAGACGAUACAGAUUGCACAAAGACACAAUCAUCAUGAAACCUUGGCAUAUCUCCUGGAGAAGAAAGGGGAUGUUGAAGCUGCUUUCCGAGUCAUGCUUAUGAGACUGCAAGAAAGGCUCUCCAAUCUGACCUCAGAUUCUGUGGACUCACCAAGCUUCAAAGUAAUGCCCAACAUGAAAGAUUUAGAAGAAACCUUGACAGAGACCAUUUUACUGUGUGAAAGAACUUCAGACACCCUAAACCAGCAACAGCGAGAGGCAUUAUGGUUUCCUUUGCUAGAAGCAAUGAUGUCUCCGCAAAAGCACUUCACUUCAUCUUCUGCACAAAUGUACUCCGAAUCUUUAAAAACUCUGACUAUGCAAGUUCUGAACAGCAUGGCCACGUACAUCUCUCUUCCGUCAAUCCUCCAAAGAAUCCUUCAGGACCCUGUAUAUGGGAAAGGUAAACUAGUUGAAAUCCAAGGUCUGGUUUUGGGAAUGCUAGACACAUUCAACUAUGAACAGACCCUGCUGGAAACUACUACUAAUCUGCUGAACCAAGACCUGCACUGGUCUCUUUGCAACUUGAAGGCUUCAGUCACCCGGGCUCUUGUUCCCAAACAGGACUACUGCUGUGUGUGUCUGCAGCAAUACAAGAGGAGACAGGAAGCCACUGAUGAAAUCAUUGUAUUCAGCUGUGGCCACCUUUACCAUUCCCUUUGCCUCCUGGGCAAGGACUGCAAGGUUGAAGUUGGAGGACAGAGUCAGUGGAUCUGCCAUCGGUGUAACUCAACUAACAAAGGCCGUGCGGGGAGGCAGACAGUGACAGAUGUGAAGAAAGGCCGAACUACCUCAUUAGCGCAGGUGAGAGGGACUUCAUCUCGAUCAUCAAGAGAGGAGGCUGCCAAGAAGUCGAGCACUGAUCCCAUUCUAGAUCCACAGCAGCUGCAGGCGUUCCAGCAUCUCUGCCGUCUCUACAAAGGAACCUCACGGUUGGCUCUCCUUACUGAGCUAUGCCGCUCUCAAAGCCCAGAAAAAUCAUCUUCAUAUUAUGCUUCCUAUGGUGGAAUUGCUACAAGUAGUGUUUUCCAGAAUGAGAACUUCCAACUGCACCUUGCCCCACCCCCUUACCUUGGCGACUGAAUAACCGCAGUGUUUAAAGGCUAAACACCACAAGAGUAUCUGGUGAGCUCCUAAAGGACUGUGCCUCCACAUUAGGCUUGGGAUCAUCCCCAGAACAGACAGAUGUCAGUCGUCUUUUUCACGGGCUUCGGGCACAUGUGAUUGUGAAUGUGCAAGGACUGCGUGCCAGUUUUGUAUGCUUGGGAUCAGAGACAUAGGGAAUCCCUGUAUAGUGUGAAAAACAAUGGAACACUUUUUAAAGUACUGUAAUUACAUUGCUGUUAUAUGAAUGUGCUGUUAAAUUAAACCAUUCUGUAAUUAGUUAGA